CUCUCUCAUCAAUCACUUCUUUCUCUCUCAUCGAUCAUCAACGAAACACAUUUUCUCUCCGUUUUCUUUCAGAUCGAAAUGGCUCGUACCAAACAAACAGCACGCAAAUCCACCGGAGGAAAAGCUCCAAGAAAACAAUUGGCAACCAAAGCCGCUCGGAAAUCUGCUCCGGCGACCGGAGGAGUGAAGAAGCCUCACAGAUUCCGUCCAGGAACAGUUGCUUUGAGAGAGAUCAGGAAGUACCAGAAGAGCACCGAGCUUCUCAUCAGGAAACUUCCAUUCCAAAGACUGGUUAGAGAAAUCGCUCAAGAUUUCAAAACGGAUCUCCGAUUCCAAAGCAGCGCUGUUUCUGCACUUCAAGAAGCUGCAGAAGCUUAUCUAGUUGGUUUGUUUGAAGAUACAAACCUUUGUGCAAUUCAUGCUAAGAGAGUCACCAUCAUGCCUAAGGAUAUUCAACUUGCUCGCAGAAUCAGAGGAGAGAGGGCUUUACCACCACCGUCUGAUGUUAAUGUUACUCGAUCUAUGUGGAUUUUUCGAUAUAAAGAAAAAUCAAAUGAUUCUUUUGAGAGGCAUAAAUCUCGACUUGUAGGUGAUGGUGCAGGUCAACAAGUUGACAUUGAUUGUGGAGAAACCUUCAACCUAGUUGUUAAGCCGACAACUAUCUACACGAUUCUCGGUAUUGCUCUCUCCAAAUCUUGGCAUAUCUAUUAUUUGGAUGUCAAGAAUGUGUUUCGCCACAGUGAAUUGAAAGAAACUAUAUACAUGUAUCAAACACUGGACUUAAAGGAUUUAUCACAUGUUGAUAGGGGAGGAUGCCCCAAUACUACGCGGUCUAGCUCUAGCUACUAUGUCUUUCUUAGAGAUAAUCUACUCUCAUGGUCAUCCAAGCGGCAAUUCACAUUAUCACAUUCUAGUGCUGAAUACUAUGGAGUUGCCAAUGUGGUCUCUGAAUCAUGUUGGUUACAAAACAUUCUACUUGCGUUAGAUUGUCCUACUCACAAGGCCACCAUUGUCUACUGUGACAAUAUAAGUGUCAUAUACCUUUCAGUUACGAUUCCCGCUAUUUUCCACUCAUUUCUCCUCCUAAUAUAUAUUACCCAAACACUCCUUUCUCUCUCACCUAUCAUCAGCCAAACACAUUUUCUCUCUGUUUUCUUUCCGAUCGAAAUGGCACGUACCAAACAAACCGCUCGCAAAUCCACCGGAGGCAAGGCUCCAAGGAAACAAUUGGCGACAAAAGCUGCUCGGAAAUCUGCCCCGGCGACCGGAGGUGUGAAGAAGCCUCACAGAUUCCGUCCUGGAACAGUCGCUCUAAGAGAGAUCAGGAAGUAUCAGAAGAGCACAGAGCUUCUCAUCAGGAAGCUUCCGUUCCAAAGAUUAGUCAGAGAAAUCGCUCAGGAUUUCAAAACGGAUCUCCGAUUCCAAAGCAGUGCUGUUUCUGCACUUCAAGAAGCUGCGGAAGCAUAUCUAGUUGGUUUGUUUGAAGAUACAAACCUUUGUGCAAUUCAUGCCAAGAGAGUUACUAUUAUGCCUAAGGAUAUCCAACUUGCUCGCAGAAUCAGAGGAGAGAGAGCUUAGAUUAGAUCGUUAGGGUUUAUAUUACAUAGAUUUUGAUGAUUUAUAAUUAGGGUUAUGUAUCAUAUUUUUAUGUGUCUUCUCUAAUCUGGUUUAAAGUUUAACCUAUUAA